AGGCGUUUGUACGAACAACUAAAACGUUAUCCGUCACUUUAGUCGAUCGGUCUUUUUGUAUCGUACUCGGAAAGGUUUUGCGUAAACAACGCCUUUCUUGUGGUGCAUUUUCGCGAACCGGGGCUACGGAGUCGGGUUGCCUGGACUGGCUACCAAAACAAUUUCGGUGUUUCAUGACGGCGACAGUAAAAUAAGUAACAAUGUUGCCUGCUAGCUUGCUAGGUCGGGCGUCUUCUUUUGCGCCCUCGGUGCGUUAUGGGUUCCUCUCGGGGGCGAAGAGGCAAAUCGCGAACCUGCCGUACCACUCCCAGGUUCCGUCGCCUCCACCAAGAGAGUACAAUCCCGACGGAUCACCCAAGGUUUACCGCCUUAAUCAGAUCAGUUACGACCACAAUUACGAUUGGGAAAGAUGGUCGUUUCUUCCCGUCGGCGUUUUCCACACUGCCUACCGCGGAGUCUUUGCAAGAGACUCCAGACCUCUCCAGGCCUUCCUUCUUCAGUACCACACCGCUGUAAUCGCCGUCCCAAUUUUCCUUCUGAUCACAUUUACAACAUUCGCCGUGUGUAGCGUUGGCACAUAUGGCAUCCGGCCGAAGCGAUUCACAAUCGAAUGGAUGGAAGCGAGCAAGGAGCGUGACCGCGCGGAGAACUCGAAUCCCUGCACCCGCUACCUGGAUCGCAGACGCAAAGAGCGCGGUCCUAACUGGAUUGUGGAGGACUUCCUCCCCACGCACCCGUUCUUCGUUAACAUGGGCCGGUUCCACUCGGACACGGAGUACGGCAAGUGGAAGGCCUCGAUGGAACGUGAAGAAUAGACGGUGCCUUUUUGACUGCGCAGUAUAGAGUUUUCAAGAACACGAGCGGAAAAGAAAUUCGAUUGUGCCUCAGCAGUCGGCAAACAAUGUCACGAACCGAAGGAUUCGUCUUUGUCGCAAAGGCGCGAUUGACUUUUGUCCGAAAGGUCUCCGCCGGAAGCCGGGGCCCGUAAAUGCUACAUGUGCGUAUUUGUGUACAUAUGUAUGUAUGCAUAUGCUGUAUGCAUGUGAACAAAGUGGAAGGAGGGCGUCAUUGUGGCUGUCUCUUUAUGAAAGCUUUCUACUUUGUCAUAAGCGGACCACGAGCGACGAAAACGAUGGGGAACAACUCCGCCAAAAACACUGUCAUUGAAACAAAAAGCACAACAAAAAGAGGCGAAACAAUUCUGGUUCUGGUCUAUUUCCACGACGGAAGGAAUUUCAGUUUUCCAGCGCUGACUGGAAAAGGAUCUUGCGUAGAAUCUGAAAACUCAGACGCGUCAUUGGCAAGUCGCACUUUCUCAUUUCCGGUUUUAAGGCCUGGAAAACAUUCUUUUGCUCUGCGUUCUUCUAAACAAGGGUAUGGCUGAGGCAUAAACACCUCCUUCGUGCACUCCGCGACAACAGCCUUGGUGCUGAAGUGGCAUGGCCUGCCUGUCUGUACCGAGAAGGUUUGAGGACCUGUGUUCUGCACACCACAAAGGACAAGC